AUGUCCGGCGAGGGUCCCGAAUCGAUCCCCACCUCCGCCGACCCGCGCUCGAAGCGCCCGACCAAGCGCCGCGCCCUGACCCCUUCCACCGCCCAGGCCUCCUCCCUCGACGCCCUCUUCGCCAAGCCAGACCAGGAGAUCCGCCUGCCCGCCGACGUCCUCCUGCGCCGCACCUCCGCCGCCGGCGCCACCCCCGAGAUUGUCACCAACGUCCAGGGCUCCAGCGCCGGUGCCGGCUCGGGCGAGUUCCACGUCUACAAGGCCGCGCGUAGGCGCGAGUACGAGCGCCUGCGUGCCAUGGACGACGAGGUGAAGAUUGAGAAGGAAACGGAGGCGUUUGAGCGCGAGAAGCUCGAGCGGGAUGCGCGGGACGCCGAGCGCACGAGGAAAAAUCGCGAAAAGAGGGACAAGAAGCGGAAGAAGGGCGGCGACAAGAAGGGUGCCCAGCCUGCUGCUGCUGCUGCUGCAAACAGCGGCGGUGGUGUGGCGAGGAGAGAGAUCAAAGAUGCGGAGGACCAAGGGACCAAGGACGGCGAGACGACAUCGGCCGAAACUGCGCAGAAUGGUGACGUUUCCUCGGCGGCGGCAGCAGCCUCGACGCAGCCGGCAGGCCUAGUCAUCCACGACGACGACUAA